AGAAACCCGGCCCCGGGGCUUCCUAGGAACACAAAGGAAGGAUUUUCCUGGAGAGACUCCCCUGGAAUCCACGUCCCACCCGGCUGCGGGCAGAGGCAGAACAAUGAGGAUUUUCCCCAUUCUGGGUUGGAUGCUUUUCCCAGGCUGCUGGGCGGUGACGGGCCCCGGGGCAGUGCGCGGCCCCCCGGGCGGGUCGGUGGCUGUGCGGUGCCGGUACCGGACGGGCUAUGAGGAUUAUCACAAGUUCUGGUGCCGGGCAGGAGGAGAUUGGAGCUGUUCCAACGGGCUUCACAUCGUUGAGACCGAUGGGUCGGAGGCGGAGGUGACGCGGGGCAGAGUCUCCAUCCGAGACAAUCACACCCAGCGCGUGUUCACUGUGACCCUGGACAACCUGACACGGGCAGACGCCGGCACGUACCACUGCGGGGUAGUGAGAACUGGGCUUCUUGAUCUCAGGGCCGCUGUGGAAGUCACCGUCUCCCCAGCUAAUUCUUCCCCAACCCCAACAAAAAGGUCAUCAUCAGCGACAUCAUCAGCGACAGUGCAACCAGCUUCUUCUUCCCCCUCAAUAUCUACUUCCCUCUGGACAACUGCUGAGAAAGGGAAAUCCAGCUUCUCCACUAACCAGGACAACACUGCCUCUGUGGCCCAAGACUCAGAGAUUCUCUUCUACAUCCUGCUACCAUGCGUCCUGCUGGUUCUCAUUUUGUUUCUGGUCGCUGCUGUGAUGUUGGUGAGACUGUCCAAGAAGAGGAAGAAAGGAGCAUCUGUGCAGAGGGACAAGAAAAUCAACCUGUCAAAUUUGGGGUCAGAAGAAGUUUAUUAUGCCACUGUGACGAUUUCCACCCCCGACCAGCAGCCCAUCUAUGCCAACGUGGAGCAGCGCCCCAAGACAACACGCCCAGCCAAGCCCCCUGUGGAAACCCUGUACAGCGCUGUGAAGCACCCACCCAAACACUAACCCUGGAUAUGAGGCAGAGUGGGGAUGGGGGGCUGCAUAGUCCUUAUCCAAGUGACUUACUUGAUCCCUAUCUGGCAAAACUUGAAGUAACCGGGUUUAGAAGCAAAUCUGACCUGUACAAACUCUGGCAGCUGUUGUAGGCAGAGGACUUACGGACACACUCAGCUGGAACUGGAAUCUGUUGGUUUGUCCGAUGGCCAGGUGGCCUGAUGGAAUUAAACAGUUGCUGUUCUCUUGUGAGGAGUGAGUUCAAAGAGCCAAUGGCUGGACUUACAGACAAUGAAACUCCCCAGGAUCUGUUCAGCAGGACAAGAGAGAAACCUUGUGUCUAUGUUUGAACAUCAUACACGUGGUGCAAAAAGGGAGCUUAGCAGGACCACGAAUCAAACCUGCCUGCAGGAGGAUUUUCCUCCAGAUCAGGAGAGAGAGUAGUUCCCCCUGCCACCACCUCCAACAGCAAGUUAAACUGGAAACAGAACCAGGCGUCGGAGAGAAAGAUGGAAAGAUAAUUUAUAUGCUCACAGGUGUCCUUGUGAUUAAAUCUAUCAGGCUCUGGAAUCAAAUCAGGUCAGGCACCUACAUCCCAGCCUGCUUUCAUACAGGAACUUAAACCCCACAGAACUGAAUUUUGAACUGGCUGGACACAGGGCGAUCACCUCACGGAAGGGGUGGAAUGGGGGCGGGGCCGAGGGCGGCAGGGGGGGAGGUGUCAGUAAUGCCGCCCUCGGGCCAAUGUACUAGUCCUCAUGUGGCCCUCAUGGUCAUUUGAGUUUGAGAUGCCUGGGCUAAAUUCUGGGCUAGUCCCCUGAGUUCAGCCCCCACAAUGACCUGUCCAUGGUCCUGCUGCUCUUCCAGGCACCCAGUCCUCCAUCUUCAAGCUCCAGGCAACAGACUGCUCUGCCUCUGUUGCUUCCUUUUUUAAUGGCCCUUCUGGUCCCUGGUUGGUUGCUCCAGCAGCCCUCUGAUUGGCUACUUCUCUGCAGCCACUUUAGGCCACCUGGAGGACUUCUCUGCUUUUUUUGGGGGGGGGGGGAGGGGAAGGGGGAGCAGGAGGAGGCAGGGCUAUGAGGUCUUCAACGGGGGUCCUCCAGACUUAGUCCACCCCAUCACAGGAGUCAAUAAAAGUAUCUAGAUAGAUAAUUUGCACGCCAUGAGGGAUUAAAUUAGUUUCUUAAACUAAGAACCCCUCAGCAGUGUUAAAGCAAAAUAACUUCUCAAGUGCAUGGAUCACGUGACAGUCAGCAAUGCUGAUCUCUUGAUACAACCUAUUAAAAAAAGAAAAGCAUAUGAGGUCUCUUAAGGUUUUGCAUUAAGAUACAAGUUUGAUACAUAUCACGUCUUUGGUACCUCUUGGAGAUGGAAGUGAAAGCCUUAUGGAGUGUUGAAGUGCGUUAUUGACAGUGUUCUAGGCAAUGUGAAGGUGGAAAGGAAUGCAAAAAGACAUCUUUUUAUUUCCACGCUUUAAAAGUUUUGGUAGGAGAGGUGUCCUGAUGCAAUAUUACCUGCCACUAAAUAUAGUUUUUCUUUGCUAAUUAUUUCUAGUACAGCAGCACUCAGAAGCCCAAAUCAAGAUCAGGGCCCGGAUGUGCUGAAAGUUGUGCAAAUACAAAAUAUGAGCCUGUCCCUUCUCCAAAGUGCUUACAAUCCAACUAUGGGCAAGAUGUGAUAGGUGGAUGUAGGGCAAAGCAGUGCUGGUCACAGGACAUUUUUCCCCAUGAAAAAUUUCAAACAGACUUUGUUUGAACUUCUCCAAAUUUCCCACAGAAAGCUUCAAACUGAUUCAAAACAAGAAUUUUCAUUUUCAGUUUGUUCAACUAAAAGUGUUAUUUCUUUGUUUUGUUUUGUUUUUUAAAUUAAUUAAAAUGACAUUUAAGUAAAAGCAAAACUAAAAUUUCUCUUUUCUUUUCAAAUGUCCAUUCAAAGUAAAAAAUUUCAUUUUGAAUUUUACUGAAGAAACCAAAAUCUUUCAUUGGAAUUUUCCUGUUACAAAACAGGAUGUUAACAGAACCCGCAGCCAUCUUGUAUCCUUAGCCACUAUAAGCUGGAAGUGAGGACACCACAUAGUCAGGAAUAAUUUGACCUAGCUGUAAGUAGAGCAGACAAAACAGCUGCACAGCACCAGUGUUUGUUAGUGAGGAUAAGAAAGUGACAGGUUCAUAGGAAUGAAAGGGAGUGUGAAGAACUGAUCUUGGCUAGGGUGACCAGAUAGCAACUGUGGAAAAACAGGACGGGAGUAAUAGGCACCUAUAUAAGAAAAAGUCCCCAAAAACGGGACAUCUGGUCACCCUAAUCUUGGCUCUAGGUGUCUGUGAUUAUAAGUUUUGUUUUUUGCUGAGAGCUGCUUUA